AUGUCUCUAGGUAUCUCCGUCGGAGAUAUAAUUCUCUGCGCCCAGAUAGCGCAUCGUUUGUUUAUAUCCAUUACCAGAGGACGCAAACAGGCCCCACAAGACCUUAAAGAGCUCCAAGGCGCAUUGUUUGGUCUCUAUUGUACCUUGAAUAUUUUGAAAAGAGAAUUCGAUACCGUCAUGGUUAGGGCACCUUUCGAGCACGGCGCUGCUUUGGAAUGUAUGAUUCAAUCCUGCCAAGAAACACUACACGAACUCGAUAAUGCCACGGCCCAAUAUCGUGAGGCUGCCAGCGAUCCAAAUGCAGCAAUUGGACCUAUCAGAACAUAUCUUCGGGUACAAUGGAAACGAAUAAUGUGGGGCUUCCGCGGUGAUACUCUUUCAAAAUAUCGACAAAAGCUUCAGAUGCAUACUGAUUCGCUGAAUCUGCUUCUGAAUACUUUUCUAUGGUCUGCUACGGGUCGCAUCGAGGACGGGAGCCGCUCCCAGGAACAGAGGCUAAACGAGCUUCUGCAACAAGCAUCCCGGUUCAACGAUGAAUUCCAACAAUCUAUGCGGACUCUUCAAGCCACCAUGCAGCCUACACAACGACAUCAUAUUCUUGGCUCGCGAGUUUCUAUGUGUUUGACAGGUUGA